AUGUCUUUAAAUAAAAUUUUUGUCACCCGUUUACCAUGGUCCGUUUGCAAAGAAGCACUCAAAAAUCAUUUCUCACAAUUUGGUAAUAUCAAAGAUUGUUAUGUUGUAUUAGAUAGAGUUACUAAACGUUCCAAAGGUUUUGGUUUUGUCCAAUUUGAAUCAAAAGAAUCUGUUCAAAAUGCCAUAAAUUCUGAUAAUGAAAUCAAUGGUAGAAAAUUAGUUGUCAACGAAGCUCUUGCAAAAGAUUUUAAAGAAAAUACCCCAAAACAAGAAUAA